CGUCUGCAGAGCUUCGACUCUUCCGGGAGCAGGUGGACCAGGGCCCUGACUGGGAGCAGGGCUUCCAUCGUAUAAACAUUUAUGAGGUUAUGAAGCCCCCGGCAGAAGUGGUGCCCGGGCACCUCAUCACACGACUACUGGACACAAGACUGGUUCACCACAAUGUGACACGGUGGGAAGCUUUUGAUGUGAGCCCUGCGGUCCUUCGCUGGACCCGGGAGAAACAGCCGAACUAUGGGCUGGCCAUUGAGGUGACCCACCUCCAUCAGACACGGACCCAUCAGGGCCAGCAUGUCAGGAUUAGCCGAUCGUUACCUCAAGGGAGUGGGGAUUGGGCCCAGCUCCGGCCCCUCCUGGUCACCUUUGGCCACGAUGGCCGGGGACAUGCCUUGACCCGACGCCGGAGGGCCAAGCGUAGCCCCAAGCAUCACCCACAGAGGGCCCGGAAGAAGAAUAAGAACUGCCGGCGCCACUCGCUCUAUGUGGACUUCAGCGAUGUGGGCUGGAAUGACUGGAUUGUGGCCCCACCAGGCUACCAGGCCUUCUACUGCCACGGGGACUGCCCCUUUCCACUGGCUGACCACCUCAACUCAACCAACCACGCCAUCGUGCAGACCCUGGUCAACUCCGUCAAUUCCAGUAUCCCCAAAGCCUGUUGUGUUCCCACCGAACUGAGCGCCAUCUCCAUGCUGUACCUGGAUGAGUAUGACAAGGUGGUACUGAAAAAUUAUCAGGAGAUGGUAGUAGAGGGUUGUGGGUGCCGCUGAGGUCAGGCCUUCCUUGGGGACACACACACACACACAUCCAUCCACUACUCACCUACACACUACACAGACUGCUUUCUUAUAGCUGGACUUUUAUCUUAAAAAAGAAAAAGGAAAAAAAAACCUAAACAUUCACCUUGACCUUAUUUAUGACUUUAUGUGCAAAUGUUUUGACCAUAUUGAUCAUAUAUUUUGACAAAAUAUAUUUAUAACUACGUAUUAAAAGAAAAAAUAAAAUGAGUCAUUAUUUUAAAGGU